AUGCGGGUGGUCGCGGCCGCGGGAGUCGGUGUGCUGUGGGCGCUGCUGGCCACUCUGGUGCCCGGCGGCGCGUCGGAGCUGGCGACGCUGGUGCAGGAGCAGGUCAAGGCCGAGUCCUCGCUGCUGAAGCCGAAGGUUAUGAUCGCCAUCGUGGCUCGAAACGCGGCGCACAGCCUGCCGCACUACCUGGGCUGCAUCGAGAGGCUGGAGUAUCCGAAGGAGCGCAUAGCGAUCUGGGCGGCAUCAGACCAUAAUAUGGACAACACCACUGCCAUGCUGAGAGAGUGGCUGAAAGGAGCCCAGCGUGUCUACCACUACGUGGAGUGGAGACCCAUGGAGGAGCCGAGGUCCUACACAGAUGAGUGGGGUCCGAAGCACUGGCCUCCCUCGAGGUUCAACCAUGUGAUGAAGCUGAGACAGGCGGCACUGAAGGCUGCCCGGGAGCGAUGGGCCGACUAUAUACUGUUCGUUGACAGUGACAACCUGCUGACAAACCCUCGUGUGCUGAACCUGAUGAUGGCCGAGAACCUGACCUUGGUUGCCCCCAUGUUAGAGUCUCGCUCUCUCUACUCCAACUUCUGGUGCGGCAUCACUCCACAGGGUUAUUACAAACGAACACAAGACUACCAGCCCAUCAGGGAGUGGAAGCGACUCGGUUGCUUCGCCGUUCCCAUGGUGCACAGCACCUUCCUUGUAGACCUGCGUCGUGAGUCCAGCCGGGACCUGACCUUCUACCCCCCUCACCCAGAUUACAGCUGGGCGUUCGAUGAUAUCAUGGUGUUUGCUUUCUCGGCACGUCAAACGGGUGUGCAGAUGUAUGUGUGUAAUAAAGAACACUACGGCUUUCUGCCUGUCCCGCUCAAGGCACAGCAGAGUGUGGAGGAGGAAAGGGAGAGUUUCACACACACAAUGACGGAAGCGUUGAUUGAACACGACAUUGAGCCCUCAGAGCACCUGUACGCUUCGCCAUCGCCGCAGGACACGAUGGGCUUUGAUAACAUUUUGCUGAUCAACCUGAAGCGCCGGCUGGACAGAAGAACCAGGAUGUUGAAAACAAUGGCCUCGCUGGGUCUACAGGCGACGCUGACAGAUGCAGUGGAUGGCAAGGCUCUGAAUACAUCCCAGCUGCAGGCCCUGGGGAUAGAGAUGAUGCCAGGCUACAAGGAUCCUUACUCCGGUCGAGUCCUGACCAGAGGGGAGAUCGGUUGCUUCCUCAGCCAUCACUCUAUAUGGAAGCAGGUGGUAGAGCGUGGCCUCGAAAAGGUUCUUGUUUUAGAGGACGACGUGCGGUUCGAGCCCUGGUUUAAACGACGGAUACAGGCCUUAAUGGACAACAUCCAAAAAGCCCAGCUGGACUGGGACCUCAUCUAUGUGGGACGUAAGCGUAUGCAGGUGCAGCAGCCGGAGCAGUCGGUGGACGGCAUAAACAACCUGGUCAAGGCUGACUACUCCUACUGGACGCUCGGCUACGCGCUGUCGCAGCAAGGGGCCCAAAAGUUAUUGGCUGCACAACCAUUAACCAGAAUGCUGCCUGUGGACGAGUUCCUGCCAGUCAUGUUCAACAAACACCCCAACACUGAGUACAUGUUGCAGUUUGAGACACGGAACCUGAAGGCCUUCUCCGUGGAGCCGCUGCUCAUCUACCCCACCCACUACACCGGAGAGCCAGGCUACAUCAGCGACACAGAGACCUCCACCAUCUGGGACGACGAAGCCGUGGCCACGGACUGGGACCGGCAGCACGACCGCAAGACGGCGCAGCAGGGCCGCAUCCAUUCAGUUGCACAGAACAGCGUCACCGGAGACUCGCCGCCUCCUGCCGCUCGGGCGUCACGUGACGAACUCUGAUAGACACUCGCAGAGAAAGACUUGUGUUUGUGAAUACGCCGUGUACACUGUGAACCUCAUGUGUACACACACUUGAAAAUACACUUGAACUACAAGCCGAGAUUCUGAACAUGCAUUUACACACACACACACACACACACACACACACACACACACACACACAUUCAAACACACACUCACACACACACUCACACACACACACACAGGUAUCCAAAUGGAUGACAGAGAAAUGAGAUGUCAGUCUAAUCUGCUGCCUGAUGGGAGGACACUGCGGAGUGGAGGAAGAGGACGAAGAGCAGCAGCUUUAUUUAUUCCCCAUGUGCCUCCUCUAAGCAUGUGGAGUGUGGAGCUGCAGCCUGAGAAAACUUAAGCAACACAAUUUGCUGGACAUGAAAUAUUCUCACAAAUCAGUUUUACUAUUGUUAGAAAAAAGAACAGAUGUGUUUAUUAAUGGAUAGCUGAGGAAUAAAGGAAUCUAAACGCCGUGUGAAAACAGCUGUGGGUGUGAAGCUGUGUGUAUCGGACACAAAUAUAUGCAUAUAUCUGAACAACUGGAGAUGUUCAGCACAGCCUUUUCUUUCCAAGCAGCAGGGCAGUAAUGGAUGUUAUCAGGGUCCAGUGUUACUGUUAUUGCAGAUUUCUCACUUGCACAGCAGGCUGGUCCUGCUGGUAGUUGUUUCAGAGCAGCCGUCAUACAUUACACUUAGCCUGUAGGGUGGGUGUGUGCGAUGUGCAGUUUCAUCUACUUUGAAUAUUUCCUCAAAACUUGAUUAUUGAAUUUUCAUGUCCUCCACACAAGCUGUUUAUUUUCCCUUCAGUUGUGGUGCUAAUAAAACAGAUUCUUUA